ACUAGUCAGAGUUCACUUCGCCGUCUCUAAAUUCCGAACUCGUCUCUUUCAGAGAAUUCCUUGAAGCUCUAUCCCUAACUUCUCUUAAUUUUGCUCUGUUACUGGGCUGAUUACAGAAUCUGGCAGCAUUUCUCUCCGGAAUGCACGUUUUAGCUUCCAAUCCUCCAAUCCUCCACGGGGUUCGAGACCCGAGACGCUACGGCCGGCGCGAUGUCUUGGAAGGGGCCUUGUCGGUCUGCUCCCGUAGUAAAAUGGUAUCUGAACUGAAUGGGGAUGAGGCUCCUCUCUCGUCUUCGCUUCAUAGGUCUGUUGCAAUUCAUCUUGGGGAAGCAUUCAUGAAUAUCGUUCCUUCCAUUACACGGCGAGGGCUUUUUUUAAGUCCAGCCAUAUGGCUCUACGUGAAUUCUUCAAGGUACUUUUCAGCUAUUGCUUUGGGGGACAGCACUGUCACCAUUGAGGAAGUGACACCUCGUGUUUUUCCGUCUGGUCCUCUCUUUCCUUCUGAGGGACGCACAGUAGAACUUUUUGAAAAGAAUACGUACUCUGUUGUUAACAUUUUUGACGUUACCUUGCGACCUCAGCUUAAUGUGACUGGUGUCGUUGAGGUGCCCGAAGGAAAUGGUUCUGGUGUAGUAUGGGAUGAUGUUGGACAUGUAGUGACAAAUUAUCAUGUGGUUGGCAAUGCUUUAUCAAGGAAUCCACUUCCAUAUCAGGUUGUUGCGCGCGUUAAUAUUCUUACUUCUGAAGGGAUACAAAAGAAUUUUGAGGGAAAGCUCGUUGGUUCAGAUCGUGCCAAGGAUCUUGCUGUGUUAAAGAUCGAAGCUCCUAAAGAUCUAUUGAAGCCAAUCAAGUUGGGACAAUCAUCGGUUCUUAAAGUUGGUCAGCAAUGCUUAGCAAUUGGAAAUCCCUUUGGGUUUGACCAUACUCUUACUGUCGGGGUUAUAAGCGGGCUAAAUCGUGACAUUUUUAGUCAAGCUGGGGUCACAAUUGGAGGAGGUAUUCAAACUGAUGCAGCCAUCAAUCCUGGUAACAGGGACAUCUGCUGGAGUAGGCUUUGCAAUUCCAUCAUCAACUGUUCUUAAGAUUGUACCUCAGUUGAUCAAAUUUGGAAAAGCUGUUCGUGCUGGCUUAAAUAUUGAGGUUGCUUCCGAUCUUGUUGCUAAUCAAUUAAACGUUAGGAAAGGAGCCUUGGUGCUGCAGGUUACUGCUAAUAGUCUUGCAGCAAAGGCAGGUCUGCUUCCUACAAGAAGAGGUUUUACAGGCAAUAUAUUACUGGGUGAUAUCAUUCUUGCUGUUGAUGAGAAGCCU